UUUAAUAUAUAUAUAAAUUUUUUUUUUUUUACAUAAAUAGUAACUGAUGAUUCAUCUUGUGAAUCGAAGAUUGUUCAAAUCACUGUAUUACAAUGUUUAUUCAUGCUUUGUCCACACUUUAUGGUUUUAGAUGAUAGAAAUCUUUUGUGAUAAAAAAAAAAGAUGAUAGAAAUCUUUGAAUUCUGAUAAUUAUCUUCCAUUUUUUUUCUUAAAAGGGUAGUAUAUGUGGUGAAGAAAAAGAAAAAAGGACAAGAAACUACGUGUGUGUAUAAUAAUAAUGACACCAAAAUAUAUGUACUUAGAUUGACCGCAUAAGAAGCUUUUUCGUAUACCUAGUGGCCAUUACUAUGUGUAAUUGCAAUAUUGAUCCCUCGCUCGUUCUCUCUGCGUGCAACAAUUUAAUUUCCACAAGAUAUAUUCUCUUCCUCCUCAAGUCCUCUCUUAUCAUUAAGACACAUACUCUCUCUCUCUCCCUCUAGCUCCAUGUCUUUUACGGUCUCUGACCAUUCCUCGAGUUCUCGAUCUGUAGUCUCCAUCUAGGAACCCUAAUUUAUUAUUCUCUCCUCCGUUUCCCUUCAUGUUGAGAUCAUCAGAAACUCUUUGUCUCACUCCUCUCCUGCUUUCUUUGGCUAUUCCGGUCACCGGAUUCUGCCAUGGUUCCUGAUACUAAGUUCUCCUCCUCCACAACAGUUCUUGUUCCAUGUGGGUUUUCCAAUAGUUUCGCUUUUAUGAGGUUAUUACAAAAAGCUCAUUAUUUCUCUGCCGUCUCUGAAGACGACAACAACAACAAAGAUUACCAAGUAAAAGAUAACCAUCACCAGUUUUGUAGGAGAGACUGUAGUUUCAUGGCCGAUCAAGAAGAGCCUAGGAGUAUUACUUCUACGCUAAUCUACAAGGACGAUGACGACAACAACAACAAUAGCAAUAACAAUUAUAAUAAUGCCAACGAUGACGCCGAAAAUCAUGAGAUGAGGCAAGAAGGGUGGCUCCGGUUAAGCAUAGGCCACGAGAAUGAUGUUAAACCGGAUAUUGACCAUCAGCAACAACAUCAAACCGAUACAGCUGCUAGGAGGGACUCUUUCCUAGAGCUUAACCUUUCCUCUGGGGGUUCAAAUAGAGAAGAAGAAGUUGGUCUUCCAUUGUCAUCUCUCUUUCAUCAUCAGCAUCAACGAGGAGGGAUGAUGAUCAAUCAAUUGAUGUUCCCUACCAGGCCUGAUCAGGAGAUGAUUGGUUCUUGGGCGGCUGCUGCCUUUCGAAUGCCACAAAACCUAAUGCAACCAACACCAUCAUCUGCUUCUUUGAUAAUGCCACUGAUAGGACCGUACUUUGGUCGCACCAAUUUCCAGCAACAGUUACUAGGGGACAAUAAUAAUAAUAAUAAUUAUCAGGAUGUGGUGGCUGGUCCAAGCUCGAGUUUUCGAGUCAUUGAUCCACCUAGACGACCCCAUUCCGGUAUUUGGUUCCUCCUUCAAGCUUCUCAAAACCAGACAAGAGAACCAUUCUUGCCUCAGAUACCCAAGAGCUACUUGAGAAUCAAGGACGGGAAGAUGACUGUUCGACUAUUGAUGAAAUAUUUGGUGAAUAAGUUGCGAUUGGAGCACGAAUCCCAGAUCUGAUGAUUCCCUUCUCAAGCUUGGAAUCUAUCAAACCAUAUAUACAAAUAUGACUCUUCAUAUUGUCGCAGAGAAGUUGUACCGAUAGUUCUCUCCCUGUCAAGACCAAGAAGCUUUGCCCGAGCCUGGAGUUGAACCUCUUUGACGAUCAGAGUAGGUGGCUUAUGUAAAGCAGAGUGAAGACGGGAAUUCCUUUCCCUCCAAAUGAAAUAAACAGAAGCUUGGAAAACUAAUUUCAAAAUAAACAGAAGCUUGGAAAACAAAUAAACAGAUUCCUUUCCCUACAUCAGGUUGUUGCAAGCAUGUUUUCCUAAACCAUUCUUUAGAAGCUUAGAGGUCUAUUAAAUUUAAUUAACAUGGAAGGAAGAUAAAGUAAACAAUAAUUUCUAUGUCAACUCAAUGUUUAAAAUUCACUCAAAUCACUAAGUUUAUCUGUCUUGUUGCAUUAAGCCAUGCCAUUAAGUAUAAUAUGUCAAAUGGAACGAGGCAACGAGUAUAUAAAUGCAUAUCUUUGUACUCUCAUACACAUUGAAUAUGUGACAUGUCUGAUAUAUAUAUAUAUAUUUAUCAAAUAUUUAAGUUUUUAUUGCCAAGCAGUUUAUUUCUUGUUCAUUUCUCCUAAACUACACAAUAUAAAAUAAUAUAAAAAUGUAAGACAUCAGAAUUUUUUUAAAACAUUUUACAUUUGGAAUACCGAAAGAAUAUAUGUGUAAAAAUAUAUUUUCAUAUUUAUAUAGAUGAUAUAAUGAUGUGAAUGUGUGUGUAUAUAUGAGUGUCAUGAUUAACCAGCCAUAAUCUGACUUCGUGGAGGCAUUGUUCGUCCAUUUUGUGUUUUCCCCUUUUUAAGUUUCCUUUGACUUUUUAGACGUAAGAAAACAAAAGCCGUAAAAAGCUCCAAAUAUUACAUAAAUUUCAAGUUUCCUUCUGCGCCACAUGUUUUUUUUUUGUCAACUCGUUCGUCAUUCCAUGUCAUAAACAAAUAAAUUCUCAAAUGAAAAAUGGCAAUUACUUAUAUUUGAUUUAUCUUGUCGGAAUUAAUUAAUCAAAAGUUAUUUCCACCCUUUGUUGGUAAAGACUAGAGAACAUAAAACACUUGUUUCUCUCAAUUUUUAAAAUAUUAAGUAAGCAUAAUAAAUAUUCCAACACUUGUUAUUUUAUAAGAAUCCUAGACUUAAAUCACCAUGGAUAAACAAGAAUAAUUUUGUCUUCCAAAAUUUAUAUCGUACAUUCGUACUUUACUUCCAUGAUGAGCCUUGAUUAACAAUUUUGGAUAAAAUGCUUGUUACGUUUCAUUCUAAUAUUUCACAUCAUUAUUCUAUGUAGACUAUAUAUAGUUCUACUCUAUAACUUUUGAUAUGGAAAAGCGUAUAAUGGUAAUUAUUUAUUAUAAAAUAUUGUCAUAGCAUGAGAUGAAUAGAAAUAUAUGACUUUAAAAUUACCUUCACAAAUUAAUAGUUUUUCGUUCUUUCACGUAAACUUAAGAAGUAUAGAAGGAGGCUUAUAGCCAAAUCGUCAUGCUUAUGUUAGAAGUGGCUCAUCAACACCAACAAUAAAAUUCGUUUGCCUUGGUUUAGUUGAUUAUUUGUUACUUGUUAGUGUCUCGUGUAGGACUCUUUCUUCACAAGACCCCUAACGAAUUUUGUGCUUCAAAAGCCUUUUACCCAUCAACCAUAGUCAUAUCUCUAAGUGCUGCAUUUUCUUAAAUAGAUAACGAAAUUGUAAAGCGUAUCUUACAAAUACAAAACUAAUAAAAAUCUAUUAGUUUGGGGAAUAUGCUACUUAUUAUAUACUACUAACCAGAGAAAAUGGAUAUACAGCAACCGUACAAAUUUACAUUUGAUAUAUAUUCUAGGUAUGUAACUGAACUAUCUAACACCAUCAACUUCAUUAUAUAGUAUAUAUAUUCCCACUAAGUAAAAGCAUAAAACUUGUGACUUAAAAUGAUAUAUUAUGGGAUCGCUAAUAUUGGUCAUUAGUCAUCGAAACUUAAAACAGAAUACGUGCGUGGGAUUAUGGUGAAGUUUUCAUGGGGUACUGUCUCCGUAACUGAAUUUCCUACGUCUAGAAAAACUUAUAUUUCUUUUUGGCUAGGAAAAAACUUAUAUUUCUCGGCACAAUAUCCUUGUAAAACAUAUCAUCAAUUUAUCUACAUCUGCUUUUUAUUUUUGGAACGUAUAUAUAUAUAUUUUUUUUUUGAAACACGCACGUGUAUUUACAUAUAUAUAUAUUUAUAUAUUUGUGAACAUUUAUAUACCAAAAUAUUAUAAGCCAUAAAUAUAAGAGAAUGAGGGAAAUGAUAAAUGAUAGUAGGAGAAUGCGUUAGAGUGGCUUUGGCCAUAAAGACUAAAUUUGCUUUGUGUACCCUUGAUUAUUCAAUUGAAAACAUGGUUCCAGAUUUUGACCUAAAAUGAACUUCUGAAAUAUUCCUCAGUCCUCACCAUGAGUUGAAUACUCAGACAUUACGGCAUAUAUAACACUAGUCUAUUGGGAAGAGUCACUAGAAAAUGCAUUGCGGGUAGAAAAAGGGUGGGCCACAAAAUGAUUAACAUUUUGGACGUCGUGGAUACCAGUCAAAUUAAUUAGAUAUUGAAUAAGCAUUGCAUAGUUUUCUUUAACGUGUUAUAUAAAUAUAUAUGUGAAAUAAGUUAGUGGAGUCAUUGUUGAUGUUGCUCUUCUUUAAAAGCAAUUGAAAAUCAGGAAUCUCUUAGAAGUAAAGAAGAUAUGACAUAGUUACGGCAUUGUGUAGCCACCGCGAAACGUGGCUCUCUCCGUCAUCCCUACGAAUCAAUGAUCUCAUUAAACCCAAUUAUUCAGUUUUCUUAUCACAUCAUAUUGUAUAAUAUACACUCGUUACUAGCACAUAUAUACCUAGAAAAUCAUAUAUAUUGAGCCUCGCAUUCGUUGCAUAUACUUCACGUAGGCCGUAUAGUUAUUUAAGAUUCGGUCCGAACAUGUUAUUUAUUAAGACAUCCGUUCAUUCCCGAAACUAAUCACACGUUUAGGUGAAAAUUAGCUUUGGUCUAUGUUUUGUGGGUAUUGUUACAUUAAUCACUUAUUAAAUUUGAUCGUGGUUAGCAUAGAAAUUACUGAUACUAUAAUUUAUGACUAAUACUGUUGUUAUAUAAAA